AUGACUGAUAUUGUAUCUAGAAACGGUAAUGGGAAGAGAAUCAAAAGGGAUAUAGAAGGGGAUGCUGAUGGAGGUUGGUGGAAGGCUAACGCCGGAGACAUUGAAAUUAAAGACUCAGAGGGCCACCUCGUGGGUUACAUGAAGUCGCUCACCUUCCUUAAAUACAGAAACAAAGAACGAAUCCGGAAAGAAGCAACCAAAACCGACUGGAUUAUGCACGAAUACAGGCUAGCUUCCGAUGCUAAAUUUCAAAGCUGGACUUUAUGUCGAAUAAGGUACCGUGGUCCGAGGACUGACCCAUCAAUAUCGGAACAAGCAUUUUUGGAUGCGAGGAUCACUGAUAUUCCGUCAUCGGAACAAGCUGCUAAUUUUUCGGAAGUAUCAAUAUCGGAUCAAUUACAAGCACAAGAUGAAAUCGAUGCCAUUCUUAAUAUGCCCCCAGAUAACCUUCAAGCAUUCUUGGAGAGUCUUUUAGUACUUGGAGACAAGUCCAUGCAUUCUUGGCCUAGCCUGCGGCUUAAUUAA